GGGCGGUAGCUGUGACAGCCACUCGUCCAUCUUCGCCGCCAGGUCAUUUGGCGCUGGGCCAACCGCAAGUCUGGCUCCUCCUCCAUCAGCUCCGCCCUUCAAGGCCGUCCCGCCAUCAGCAGUCGUCGAAUCCAUAAAGAAUUAUAGGCAGCGGUGGGCUCGCCAGAGUAAUACGUCAGCAAAGUGAAAAACGUCUCGAAUAAAAGCCCAUCACGCUCCGCUUGUCCGAAUGAAAAUACAUGCCGGCCGGCAGUGAAUUAGGACUGACACAUGGGCGCCUUAUCUGAUCGAAUGAUGGGAACCAGUUUGACGUGGCCGUUUGUGUCGCUGUAUGCUCAAUUAGGUAACAGAACACACACCCGGAUAUUCGUUUGUUAGUUUGUGGAUUGGAUUCGCUUUGCCUUUAAGUUAAUCUUUGCUGGUCGACAAGCGACAAGUUAUUGCCAGUGACGAAUCGCCUCACCCGAGUGUUUGUCGGGGCUUGUUAUUCCCAGAAAUUCAAUCCAUUUGUGUCUCUUCGAGGAACACCUCUGAAAUUUGACUGUCGAUUAGUCGUUCAAAGAAUAUGCUGUGACUUUAUGCGCGCAGUUGGAUAGUUUGAUUCGUCUUUUCGAUUGGUGAUGAAAAACCGGUAACAUCGGAGUGAUGUCGAAAUGACUAUUCGUUCAAAAUGGCUUGAAAUGGAAAGUCACCAGACGACCUUGUAUUACCGAAUCAAGACAAAUAGAAAACUGCCGACCUCCGCUGCGGCAGUGGUACGGGAAUAAAGUGACGUUUAAUUAAAGAGCGACAUCAUCGGCGGUCCAGUAUAGUCGGAAUCAACAGCUACUACACCACAGGUCCUUGCAGUUCUAUAUAGUAGACUACGUGCGUGCGGCUCAUUAAUAACCGGUACCACCAUUUUUCUCGUCGUAAUCCGAAUAGAAAACCCAAAUCACGUACAAUAAUAGCAGCAGAAUCUAUUGAUUUAAAAUGAACUUGGAACCAACUGACUUCUGAUUUGUCACCUAGUGAAAUGAAAAUGCCCAUCACCAGCAAUUGACGCUGGAAAGUGGAACAUCGGAUGCUGGAAGAAUACCCGUCAAUGAGAAAUCCUCACCGGAAGCCGCUGACAAUAGGAUCAUAGCCUAAAUGUAAGCUGAUGUGGACGGAUUCGAAUUGUGCCAUUCAUUCAAUAUCUACUCGAAAGGAAAUAACAUGCGUCUUAAUAUACUCAGGGCGGUGGCUUAAUUCAACGCAGUUUAUGGAGACAUGAAUAUUGAAUAAGAAGGGUCUGGUUUUUCUUGAGCGUUUUCCAUCCUGCAAUAAAAAAGGAAGCCCAACUCGAACGUGAAUCACAAGUGUCGUCCAAGUUGAAACAACACACAACCCUCAGCCAGAAUCAAGGAGAAUGUUGCUGGGCAAUCGAAAAGGUUUAUCGACCGUCGUUUUGUUCGCGAUCGUGACUACUCUGUUGAGCUGCUGCUGCAGUCCGGCGUCCAGUUUUGUCUUCCUGCCUCGCGUCUCUCGCACAAAUGACGCCAUCGUCAUCGAUUUUGCCGGUGUCGGAUACGCUCCCUCCUAUUACGACAAGUCGCUGUCCGGCCAAAUUGUCAAUCCAGGAUUCGUCCCGCUGCCAUCGUUCAAUCCUCACCCAAUGGCGUAUCGCCAACAACAGCAGGGCCCCAACGGGUGGUUUUAUUCAUUCGGGUAUCCUAGUCCUAUUGCUCCUGCAGAUGUCUCGCCCAGUAGGGAGGAACAGGGACAAGGACAGGAUCAGGGACAGGAUCAGGGACAGGGACAGGGACAGGGACAGGAUCAGGAUCAGGAUCAGGGACAGGAUCAGGAUCAGGAACAGGAAGGAGGUGAGACUAUAACAACAACAACGACGACGACAACAACUACAACAACGCCAGCGCCAGUAAUUCAGUGCGGCAAAGGACCGACCGCCCUACCCAAACGGUCAUUGAUUGGCGAAAGGAUUAUCGGCUCAGCUGCCAAAAACAAUGCCUGGCCGUUCUUGGUAACCCUGAGAAAAUAUGAUGCUGUUGCAGGCGUCUAUUUUUGCAGCGGGACUUUGAUUUCAGAUUCGAAAGUUCUUUUGGCCGCCAGUUGCUUGGAAAAAUUCUCUUUAUAUGAGAUGUCGGGCGUGACCAUAUUGGUUGGAGUGACAACAGAUCCAAUGGCCGUCCAAAUGACGAGGAGAAUCAGCAAAGUCGCCCUUCAUAGCCAAUACAACGCCUUCAAUUAUGCCAAUGAUGUCGCCGUCAUAACACUGGACGCACCAGUGGUUCUUUCUAAAACUGUUGGGCCUGUUUGUCUGGCACCGGACAAUGAAGAAGUCGACCAAUACGCCGACCAAUCUGCUGUUAUUAUAGGAUGGGGAACAGCUGACUCUUCAGCAAGCAACACGCUGAUGCAAGGCACCGUUUCAAUUUCGUCCAACGUCGAUUGCAAGGCGGACACGAAUUUUGGCAAAUAUGUGACGGACGCCAAUAUCUGUAUUAGCGCCACUGAUAAAUUCGUAUGCGCGGGUGAUGUCGGUGGUCCAGUAUUAGUCCUUUCGUCGCCGGGAAUUUGGACUCAAGUUGGAAUCAACAGCUACACUUUGACAGCUGGUUGCACCAAGAAUAGCCUCCAAACCAGAGUGUCGGCGUUCAAGGCGUGGAUUGAUACCUACAGCACCGACUAAAUUGCGCAGCACGAAUUUCUAAAGAAAGAACGACAUAGACCAACGUGAAAAUUGAAUUAGCGCGACAAUUAAGUUGAAACUCGACUCAUGAGUUUGAAUAUUUCUCCAUUUGGUUUCGGCUGUCUGAUUCCAAUUAUUUCAAACCCUGUUAUUGACUGCGCCACUGCAAACGCCAUUUCAGAUUUCUGAAUAAAUAUUAGCCCAUCAAUA